AAAAAUUCAAAGCUACCAUCGAUGCGUCUCGCGUCUUCGAGAAAUACCGGGACUCAAAAAAAAAAAAAAUUACAUUUGCCAGCCGAGAGUAUAUUUAGGCUGUAUCGAUUUUUUGAGGAGUGAGUGAGAAGCUAAAGAAAAAGAAAAAAGAAAAAAAAAAUUUUUUUUGGAGGCAGGGUCUGUGUGUACUUUAUACAGAACCUCCUCAAGAAACCUCCUUUUCCUUUUUAAACUUAAAUUAAAAGUCCUCAAGGAAGAAGGAAGUUUUUUUUUCCCAGACAGCGGAUGAAUAUUUCUCAUUUCCGAUUCUGCUUUGGAUUUUCCUCCUGGAUAGAUCGCUAUUAAAUCGAGCGCCAUUCACGCAGAACUUGGUUGAAUACAGAUGAUAAUCUGAACAGAGGCUUCACGCAAGCAGCAGUGUGGAGAUGGAAGCGUCCACCAACGGCUCCAGUUUUGGAAUCGACUCCUUGCUCUCCCACAGGCCUGGAAGCCCAGUCAUCGCGAAGAGGGACAGUUUGGUAGGAGAAUGCCGGUCCCCGCUGGAGUUCAGCCCCAGGUCAGACUUAGAGAGCGGUUGUUCUUCUCCUCCGUCCCCGCGGCGGGAGUGCGGUGAGGACGCUGCGCAGAGACAGGGUCACCUGCUCGGGCUCGCGUCCCAUUUGCAGCAUGGGCCGAUCUCCGCCGGAUCGCAACCUCGGACUGUCACUUCAUCCUUCUUAAUAAGAGAUAUUCUGGCUGACUGUAAACCCUUGGCGGCGUGUGCUCCUUACUCCAGUAACGGCCAGCCGACUCAGGAGUCAGGGAGACUGGCAUCUAAAAUCGCAGACGACUUCAUUGAAAAGAUCCACAGUAACUCAUCGUCAGACUGUGAAUACAAAGUGAAAGAGGAGGGCGACAGGGAGAUCUCGAGCAGCAGAGACAGCCCGCAGGUUCGCCUAAAGAAGCCACGAAAAGCGCGGACCGCCUUCUCUGACCAUCAGCUCGCCCAGCUGGAGCGCAGUUUUGAGCGUCAGAAGUACCUGAGUGUGCAGGACAGGAUGGAGCUGGCAGCAUCUCUCAACCUGACCGACACGCAGGUCAAAACCUGGUACCAGAACAGGAGGACGAAGUGGAAGAGGCAAACUGCGGUCGGACUGGAAUUGUUAGCGGAGGCUGGAAAUUAUUCUGCGCUGCAAAGGAUGUUCCCCUCGCCGUAUUUCUACCCUCAAAGCCUGGUGUCGAAUCUGGACCCCUAA